AUGAAGAACUCACCUUCCAUCUCUCAAAGUUUGCCCAUGACCACCCCGCAAUCAACUGCUCUCCAAGGGCAGCAUAAGCAAGCCUGCUCGCUCUGCGCAAGAAGAAAGAUCAAAUGCGACAAAUCCGAACCCUGUUCAAACUGUACAAAAGCACAUGCCCAAUGCCAAUAUGAGGGACCCGCGCCGCCGCGACCUCGCAAGAGAGCUGCUGAUGAGGAGCUACUUGCCCGCUUAGCCUCCUACGAGGACCUGAUGCGGAAGCACAAAGUCGACUUUGUGCCGUAUUCUCAUGGCUGGAUUACGUCUGGUCCUCAAGGACAGAUCAAGCAAGAUGACUCACGAACAACUACCUCUGCAGGUUCCUCGCUGAACCAUCAAGGCUCAACGUCUCAGGUGCUGAAGGACAUUCCCAUGGCGACGGAACGCUGUCUUUGGUCGACUCUCCCAACAGAGCUCAUGUACCCGCCCACCCAGUUUCUGGCCCGCAGAGAAGACCCCCUUCACGUCCCCACGCCAUCACUUCAUGUCUUAAUGACGGGUGUUCAGCCCGAACUGUCCCAGCUGCAUCCAGAUCCGAGACAUAUUUACCGGUUCUGGCAAAUCUUUGUCGAGUCCGUCAACCCAUUGUUGAAGAUCGUACACGUGCCGACUCUGCAGCAACAAGUCCUGGACGCAAGUUGGAAUCCGGCUGGCGCAUCGAAACCUCUCACCGCCACCCUCUUUGCCAUCUAUAGUCUGGCUGUCACUUCAACAAGCAUUGAUGACUGCCAGGCUACCUUUGGCGAGGCCAGAAGCACGCUGAUGUUGCGCUAUCGAACCGCCGCCCUACGUGCUCUUAUAGAGGCUGACUUUCUCAUGACGCGAGACUUUGACGUCUUGCAAGCCCUUGCGCUCUUUCUCUUCUCUGAUCCAGACUCGGAGUUGACAUCCACUCUGACAGGUGCCGCCAUCAGGAUCGGCCAGAAGAUGGGUCUGAACCGACCAAAGCCAGACCCAAAGAUAUCGGUGUUUGAGACCGAAAUGCGCAUACGUCUAUGGUGGCAGUUGACUGGGUUAGACUGUAGAGUCAGGGUCGUCAAAGUUGCGGGCAUGCGACUUCUGCCGUCCGAGAUUGAAUUUGGCGACAUUCGCCUCCCGCUCAACGUCAACGACGCGGAUUUGCAUCCGGAAAUGACCGAGUUGCCAGCGGAGCAAUCCGGUCCAACAGAGAUGCUAUACGUGUUGAUGAAGUUUGAAACCUAUAACAUCAUCAGAUCCUCCGCCACGGCUGUCACGGUCUAUGACGUUAUCAUUCACGGUCCUGGCAAGGACAAACCACCUUCGAAGCGGGAAGACGACGCUAUUGACGAGAUCGAGGCCAUUUACCAUGAAAAAUUCAUUCGUCACCUGGACAGGAAUAUUCCUCUUCAUGCGCUCGUAUACACCAUGACGAAGCUCACGUUGGCUCGUUUCCGGUGCAAAGUUCACAGCCCGCGAGGGAGGGCCAACAGCAAUGGAGAGGUGCUCAUGACGCGCGAGGAAGGGAACCAAGUUUUUGAUUGCAGCGUGACUUGGUUGGAAAUGAUGGAGAUUGCUAUUGGCAGCAAGUUCUCCUCGUACUUUAUUGCCCAUAUGACAACCAAGUUCACCGUAGAUGUGUACAUCUACAUCAUCAGUGAUCUCCGCAAAAGGGUCUCUGGGGAGCGGGUGAAUUUGGCCUGGAAGCUCGUCGGGAGUCUUUACGAAGAUCACCCAGAACUCAUCGAGAAUACGCAAAGUUCCUUCUUCGUCGCGUUGGGCGAUCUGACUUUGGAAGCUUGGGAAGCUAGGAGGAGGGAGUCUGUCAACGUCCAGGGAAGUCUUGAUGGCGAUAGUUCGCCGCGGUAUAGUUCGCCGCGGUAUAUUCAGUUGCUUCGGGACCAGAGACAACAGAAAGCCGCGCCAGCUCCACAGGUGCCGGCGUCAGACCUUCAUACUCUCGACCCGCUCGCACUCACUGAUUCAGCAAACUUGGACUGGGAUUACUGGAAUGAUUUCUUGCGACUGUAA